UAUCGCGGAGAAACUCUUAUGGGCCUAGCCGCUCCCAGUCUUCUCUGUGAUUCAACGAUAUUAUUUCGCUAGUUUUGGCGGUACAAAAGUAUCAUAGCAAAGAAAGAAACAAAGUUUACAAUGGUAGAUGAUCAUAAAGAAAACAACGAAGUAUUGACAGAUGCAGAGGCUGAAUUAUAUGACAGGCAACUUCGUUUGUGGGGCUCAGAAGCACAAAGCCGAUUACGAGCCUCAAGGAUUCUUUUGAUAGGAUUAAAUGGUCUUGGUGCAGAAGCUGCUAAAAAUAUUAUUCUUAGUGGAGUUAAAUCGAUUACAUUUUUGGAUCAUAGAAACUCAUCGGAAGUAGAUAAAUGUUCACAGUUUUUGAUUGCAGAUUACAAUGGAAAGAAUAGAGCCGAAGAGUCAGUGCAGAGAGCACAAGCUUUGAAUCCUAUGGUUAAUGUCAUUGCUGACACAGACAAUGUUGACAAUAAACCUGAUAAGUAUUUUGGACAAUUUGACAUAGUAUGUGCUACACAGUGUAGCAUAACACAACUCAAAAGGAUUAAUCAAGCCUGCCGAAAACAAAAUAUCAAAUUUUUUGCUACGGAUGUAUGGGGAUUUGGAUUUGGAUAUGUAUUCAUAGAUUUACAGAAACACGAAUAUAUAGUGGAUGUUUCGACAGUCAAGAAAGCGAAACCAGAAAGUGGCGAACCUAUGAUAAAAGAAAAAUUUGAAACUAUAACAGUUAAUGAAAAACGCACCGAUACAUUCGUACCUUUCGAAUCUAUUCUCAAUGUUCCAAAAUCUGUGUUGCAUAAAAACGAAAUAGUAUACUACAUAAUGCAAAUAAUGCUGAAUUAUCGUGAGAAAUAUGGCGACGAUCUUGUAAUAGAAAAUCAUGAAAAUCUAUCUAAUGAAGUGUCCGCCAUUGUCGAAAAAUAUAAAUUACCGGAGGACCAUUAUGUAGUAAAAUGCAAAGAUAGUGACUUUAUACCGUUCAAAAACAGUGCUCCUCUCAGUCCCAGUUCAAGUAUUCUCGGCGGUAUCUUGGCUCAAGAGGUGAUCAAGGCUGCGUCGCAGAAGCAUGCGCCAGUCAAUAAUUUAUUUACAUUCAAUCCAUGUACAUUUGAAGGAAAAGUCUUAACAUUGAAUCAAAAAUGAAAUAUAUUAACUAUGUGAAUAUAGUAUAAACGUUAACAAUAAUUUCACUGAAUAUUAUAUUCAUUUUAUUCAUCUUUGUAUAUUGAAAGCUGUUAGCAAUAGUUUCAGUAAACAUAAGACUUUUCUACCGUAAAAGGACAUAUUUUAUAAAUAAAAAUGUUUUUCCAUGACAAGCGAGACUGAACUGAA